AUUUUAGAACUCUGAUGCUAACCUUAAAAUACCACCCUUCUCAUGAAAUUUAUCUAAAAUAUUAAAAACUUUCAAAUCAAACCCUAGCUGAACUUAAAAUAAAAAGAGUUUAAUUUUAAAUUUAAAUAAUAAUUUUGAACUAUUUAUAAUAAAGGAUUUCGUUGAAAACAAUGUAGAUUUUAUUUUUACAUUUAAUCCUGCCUAAAAACAUUUUAAAUGUGGAGUCUCACUUCGAACCAAGACGUUGGUUCAAACCGUAAGCCGAAACACUCACAAUUUUCCUUCGGUUUUUAGAUAUGAUUACAAAAAUUAGAGCUAAAAACAAUCGAACCCGGAACCCUUGCAGUAAAAAUGUGACUCGGUCUUGGAAAACAAAACCAACUAACGAGGUUGGCUCUUUAAACCACAAUCUAUAGAUUAUAUAUAAUCCUAUUUCAAGAAACAUUCAAGGGUAAGCAAUCUAAGUUAGGCUAUCUAUCAUGGACUGCUUGUGUAUUCCAUUUAAACGCGUGUUCCCAGCGUGAACACCCACCUUAUCUACAGAGACCUUAUUUAUAUGUAUAUACAGACAACCCCUGGCAAAUCUAGAGCUUACGUGACGCGCAUACCAAGCGGGCACUCCAAGAAGCCAUAAAAGUAACACUUCGUGGCAUGCCAUAUCCAGUCCACAUACAAUAUGCUAUUGCUGCUGUUGCUGUCCAUGUCGCUCCUUGUCGCUCGCGCCGUGCAGCAGGAGGAGCUGCUUUAUCCACCCCAAUACACCGGCCAGCGCAUUGUGGGCGGCGAGGAUGCACCCGAGGGCAUGGCGCCCUAUCAAAUAUCGUUGCAGGGCGCCAACAGUGGCCAACAUUCCUGUGGCGGCGCCAUCAUUGAUGAGCACUGGAUACUGACCGCGGCGCACUGCAUACAUGGCAAGGCGCCCAAUGCAUUCCGUGUGCUCACCGGCACACAGGAUCUGCAGCAGAAUGUGUCCAAAUACUAUUAUCCGGACAGAAUCAUCGAGCACUGUGCCUAUGAGCCGCGCAAAUACCGGAAUGAUAUUGCGCUCCUGCACCUGAACGAAUCGAUUGCCUUCGACAAUGCCACCCAGCCCGUAGAGCUGAGCCAUGAGCCGCUGGUGCCGGGUGACUGGCUGCUGCUAACCGGCUGGGGCACGUUGUCGCUGGGCGGCGAGGCGCCCGCCAAGCUGCAACGUCUGGAGGUGGAAUAUGUGCCCUUCGAGCAAUGCCGCGAGGCGCACGGCAAUAGCAGCCACGUGGAUAUUGGCCAUGUCUGCACCUAUAAUGACAAGGGGCGUGGCGCAUGCCACGGCGACUCCGGCGGCCCCCUGGUGCACAAUGGCAAACUAGUGGCGCUCGUCAAUUGGGGCAUGCCCUGUGCCAAAGGCAAGCCCGAUGCCAGUGCCAGCAUUGCCUACUAUCAUGACUUCAUACGCACCCAUCUCAGUCUGCACGAGGCCGAGGCAGCUGCUGCAGGGGAGGAGCAGCCAGUUUGGAGAAGUAAAUCCCAUUGCAAUUGAUCAAGGAGUACGGGCGCAAGUUGUUGACAGUCACUUCAUAUGAGGCUAACUUACAGAAUCUCAGUUGAACAUCAUUUUAAAGCCCUAUGCUAGGGUAUAAAAAGCUACUUAGUCUACACUAUCCAAUUAAAAACUUGAAAUCAAAAAUGUUGGUUUUUCCAAACGUGUUUUACCAAUCACCUGAAUUUGUGAGAGAAUUGACUUUAGCGCUUUUCAACCCUGCCGCUUCGCUAGAGUGAAAUCGGGUUAGCUGCCCUCAAUAUUAGAGCAAAGCUUUCUAAGCAGCUUAAAUCCACAUUAAAAAGUACGAAUACUCAAGUCGAGUAUGCUCGACUACAAGAUACCCUGGUGAGAUGAUUUUCUUCGCCCAACGUAUCGAGCCAACAAGGCGGGAGCCUUGCUCCAGGACGACCAGUAAAGUAUAGCUGGCCAACUACCUGCAACAAGACGUUUAAGCUCAGUGAAGUUCAAUACGAUGGGAAAGGUUCUGAAGACUCCCAUUUGCAGUCAACGGGACGCUGUAAUGCAGACCUUGCUAUAAAACCAAGAGAAGGAAAAUCAUUUUUAAUGGAAUUUGCAACACUCAGGAGCAAAGCCAGCUUGUCCCACCUAGUUGGCACAGUCACCACAAGCGCUAGUUCCAAACUUGAAAAACCCCUCGAAAAAAUCAGCACCAAUUAUCACAACUUUAUAUGAAAUUGUCGCAAUGAAAGCACGAAGCAAAAAUGCAUUCGUCUUGGAUGUCGAUUUAGUACACCUUGAAUAAUUCGCUAGAUGCGCCUAU